AUGGACGACGUCGAACCCUUAUCAUCAUCAUCAUCAUCAGAGGAAGAAUCAAUAACAAUAACAACCACAGUCAAUAAUGAUAACUCUUCCUCUUUAAAUAGUACUAGUAGUCAACAAAAAGAAGAACAAGUACAAGAAGAGACAUUUAUUGUUGAAAGUAAUACUAUUAUUACUACUACUGUUACCGAGGAAGAAGAACAACAACAACAACAACAACAAGAAGAAGAGGAAGAGGAAGAAGAAAAAGAAAAAGAGGAAGAGGUUAAUUCAACAGCAACUACAGCAACUAUAGUUAUAACCAAUGACAAUGAUAAUAAUAGUAGUACUAAUGAUAAAAUAGAAACAACAUCAACAACUAAUAAUAAUAAUACAGCAACUACAACAACAACACCACCUAUAACACCAAGAGGUGGUUCACCUACAACUACAUCGACUGGUACCGGUACGACUACUUGGAGAGCAUCCAAACCACAACAACUACAAAUAGAUUUAAAGACAUUGAGUAAAGAACAUUCAAGUCAAGAGAAUCUAAUGCUUCAAAGCUCUCCUCCUUCAUCCAAAGAAUCGUCUAUGACCGAUUCCACUAAACUUGCAACCACCAAUCUAUCAACCAUUUCAAUAUCGUCUGAUAGUGUAAACUCUAAUGCAAGCAGUGGAAACAAUAGUCCAAAUCUAGGUAAUUCUACAGAAGAUGGAUCUAAUAGUGGUGGUUGGUGGAGUAAGUUUAAAUUAACUGUUCAUAAUAAUCAACAACAACAAGCAGUUCAACAACAAGCACAUCAACAACAAAUCAACAGUUUAAAUAGUAGUCUUAAUUUACAGACUUCAACUCCUGGUGGUAGUAUUAAUAAUAUUAGUAUCAAUAAUAAUAAUAAUAAUAAUAAUAAUAAUAAUAAUAAUAAUGAUGAUGAUGGUGGAGAAAUUAUAUAUCAUUCAACACCAAGUAAUCGAAUUGUUAAAGAAGGAACAUUAAACAAACAGGGACAUCUUCGUAAGAAUUGGUUACCAAGAUAUUUUAUAUUGACCGAUACUUGUCUCGAAUACUAUCGAGAAAAGGGAGGUCAGCAACUAAACUCUAUACCGUUGGAGCAAUGCUCGAUCGAGUUGGCAGACACAGAGACGAAAAAGGCGUUUUGCUUCAAGAUUGCGCAUGCGACGCGAAAGACAUUCUAUCUGCUCAGCUACUCGUCCGACAUUGAGCGCGACUCUUACGAAUGGAUUGGUGCGAUUCAAGAGGUGAUUGACACACUCAACGCACAGAACCAGAGUCAACCCAACAAUCACAUUAGUGUUUCACCAACCGUGGUAACGGAAUCACAUCGUAGCUAUGAGCUCGUACACGCAAUCUCAAAUGCCCUGCUCUACAGUCUGGGCAAGACAUCGGCAGCGGCCGUGACCGAUCUUUGCAUUGAAGAUUUCACAGCCAGCGAAUCACAAAGCGUUUCGUCAAGGGAAAAGGAUGGCGCAGGCAACAAGACAUCUGUAUCAUAUAAAUUUGUAGACUAUGGUCCCAAGGUAUUUAGAAAGAUUAGAGAGUUGGCAGGAGUCAAUUCCGCUGACUUUAUGAUCUCUCUCACUCGAGACCCUCUCACAGAGGUUCCUACCGCCGGCAGAAGUAACUCUUAUUUCUAUUUUACUGGUGAUAAAAAAUAUUUAAUCAAAACAAUCACAUCUGCUGAAUUUGAACAUUUAAGAAAUAUUUUAACAAAUUAUUAUUUUCAUUUAUCACAAAAUAAGGAUUCAAUUUUAUUAAGAUAUUAUGGAUUGCAUCAUAUUUCACCAACAAAGAUGAAAAGUACUCAUUUUGUAGUAAUGGAAAAUAUUUUUGAAGAGAAAUCAAUGGAUGAAAUCUAUGAUCUCAAAGGUAGUACUCUGCAUCGAAAAGCAGAGUCUGGAAAGACUGUCCUUAUGGAUUUGGAUUUUUGUACACGUAUAUUUAUUUCAGAUGAUAUGAAAUCUAAAUUCUUUAAACAAAUUGAAACUGAUUGUAACUUUUUGGAAAAAAAUGUUUGUAUGGAUUAUAGUUUAUUAUUAGGAAUCCGUUAUUUAAAUGGUAAAAAGGUUGAUUCACGUCAAGACGAUAAAGGGUCAAUAUUCAAGAGAGAAGAAGGCGGAAUGGUAUCACGUACGGCAAAUGGAGAGCUCUAUGACAGAAUAUAUUAUGUUGCCAUCAUCGAUAUGCUGACGACAUAUGGAAUCAAGAAACAACUCGAGCACACUUACAAAGCAACCAUGUAUGAUACCAAGGACAUACAUAACAAUAGUAAAAAUACAAUCAGAAUCAAAAAUGGCUCUACAAACAAACAAACACCCUCCGUAAUGACAAUAAUAUUAUUAAAUUGCCUCUAG